AUGCGCUGUAAACUACUCGCAGACAUUCAGUCAAACAUCGAAAAUGCUGCGUCUGACUUCCUUCGUUCUCCUCUGCUUUGCAGUUACCUUGGGAUGGGCCACUCCUAUUGGUAAGGCCCUAGGAGAAAGAGAUCCGGAGUACAAUUUGGACCUGUUUGAAGGAGACAUCAUGGGUGUUGCCCCAGGGGAACAACCAAGGAGUGCCGUCGUUGAUCCCACUUUGCUCUGGCCUAAUGGCAUUGUUUAUUACACCGUAGAUGAGCCCGCAUUUACUGCGCAAGAGCUAGCCACCCUUAUGGAAGCCUUUGCCAUUUAUGAAGCAAAUUCUUGCAUCAGAUUUGUCCAGCGUACAACCGAAGAAUAUUAUGUCUCCGUUGAAAAGACUGGUGGCGGAUGCUACAGCUACAUUGGUAGACGGCCAAGAAUUUUGCAGCCACAGACUUUGUCUCUCGACGCAGGCUGCUUCCGUUGCACAGUCUCCGGAUGCAAACCAGGAACACCGCAACAUGAAUUUUUACACGCCCUUGGUUUCUAUCACGAGCAGAGCAGGACGGAUCGUGAUGAUUACGUUACUAUCAACUACGACAACAUUCAGCCUGGUUAUGAAAACAAUUUCCAAAGCUACGGCACAGACGUAAUCACAGAUCAAGGAUUUCCUUACGAUUACGGAUCUGUCAUGCACUACUCAGCGUACGCUUUUGCUGUUGAUCCUUCCAUUCCAACAAUUAUCGUACCCGACGGAGUUUCAAUUGGUCAGCGAGAUGGAUUUAGUGAACUUGAUUUGGCCGAGCUUAAUAAACUGUAUGGGUGUGCUGCCAAGAAAUAAGAAGUUACGAACAAGAGGAUCCUUCAUUUAGUUAAUGGAGAAGAACAAGAAAGACAAGGGUGAAGUUAGCUACUUAAUUUUUACAGCUUUUACCAAUUAAUGUUAUAUAAGUAGUUAAAUACAAAUUGGACAUAUUAA